AUGCUGCUUUUCCUUCUAGACGACGAACUUCCAGCUCUGGACGAUGUAGUGUCCACUGUUGAUGCGCUCGUUUCCGAUGAGCCGGCCAUGAUGCCGUACCCAUACGGCAUCGACUCGCCGCUCCGUUCUGGCACGCCCUCGUUCCCGCCCGGAUUUGGCCAUAUGCAGCCGAUGCAGCACGCGACGCCGCCACCGCCGCCCGGCUUCGGCAGACCGAUGACGCCAGCAGCCUCGAUGACGCCCGUGACCUCGAUGACACCGAGCAACCUGAGCACCCAGGCAUUGCCCAAACCGCCCGUUCCAGUUGUCCCCAUCGUCGAUCAAGCUCUAACCAAGGAGAGGUCGGAAACGCCACUUCCCCGAGAGGAUGAGAAGCAGCAGCCGACAGUGCCCCAAACUGGAAAAAAGUCGACGCGCGUUGCCAGUCUCGCCAGCAACAGCAGUGCGGCAACUGGUCCCGUGGAAAGUGGAAAGGCCAUGAAGGCGCCUGAAGCGGCCCCGGCCCUGACUCAUGUCGCACACGAGGCGUCGACGCCUACUCCCACGCCGGCGACGCCUCUCAAACUCACAAAGAAGAACAGCGUACUUCAGGACGAGGACUUUCCCGCUCUGGAUGCGGCUGCUGCAUCUGCAACCAAGUCCGCCGCAGCCGCGCCUGUUUCGCAGGUCCGGGCGUCGAAGCCAUCCACUCCCGUGGGAAAGAAGACCAAUGACAAGAAGCCUGUUCCUGCUGUUUUGAACCUUGCGGCAACGGCCAAACCAGCUGCGGCAAAGGCGGCGGAGGCUAGCCCGGCCGUCAGUGACAAGAAUACGACCGCAGACAUGGCGCCGGCGUUCCCUUCGUUACCCACGCCUGCUGCGCCUUGGUCGCCGGCCGUCCGCGCGGCCCCGCCCAAGACACUCCGCGUGGUGCAGCCGGCCAAGACCGAGUCGGGCCCUGCGCCUGUUUUGAGUCUGACGGCGAUUACGGCUGCUGAGAAUGCCAAACUCGCGGCGGCGUCGACUGCUGCAUCGUCGUCAUCGUCUACGCCCGCCCUGACAUCUGCCGUUCUUCCCAACCGGCAGGCAUCUGUGUCAAACCGUCCCAGCACGCCCGUGAGUGAGGUAGUGUCUGUCUCGGACAACGCGUCUGUCGUGUCGGCGUCAAUUUCUGCCUCACGGGCGGGAUCGCCACCGCCGCCGCAGCCGACCCGCAUUGGUUCGGCCGCCGUCCGCAACACCACCAAGAGCCAGCAGCGCAAACAACGCAAGCAGGCGUUGAAGAUGGAUGCUGCGGCCGUGGUGGGAGCCGCCACGACGACGAGUACCUCUUUUGCUGGCCAGGCGCUGAACGAGCACGACGAAGAGGCCGUCGAGAUCGCGCCGAUCAUGGGCCGCAAGAAGAAGCAGAAGAAGGAGAAGCCUGCUCCGAACCCAGUUGUGGCGGCACCCGCUGCGACGCCUGCCGCAGAGUCUUCUACGGAAACGGCUGCCUCGGCCAAGGUACCAAAGGAGCAGAAGGAGUCGAAGGAGAAGGAGGCGAAGGACGCAAAGGAGACGAAGGAGCGCGCCAAGCAGUCAUCCGCUGCUAAGAAAAAGGACGAUGCCAAGGAAAAGGCUGCUGCGGCGGCGGCCGAGGCUGCUGCUAAGUCCUCGACCGCAGAGACGGCGAAGAGCACGACGAAGAGCACGACGAAGAAGAGCGGCUCUGCGUCCAACACUGCACCUGCGGCCGCUACCACCGAGACGCCUGCUGAAUUGACGCCUUCGACCGACUCGGCCAAUGCCACUGUGUCUGCGCCCCUGGCGCACGUGCAGAAGCUGUUUGAGAAGGAGCAGGAGGUCCUUCGGAAGGUGCUUCGCGAGGCUGGCGAGGUGGCGGGUUCGACUACGCUCUCUGUUAUGCGAGAGGACGAUGCGCCUGUGAACCUCAGUGACGCCCAGACGCAACCCGGUGGCUCGAUCCGGUCCAUCGCACUGGACAUGGCCGCCCGCGGCCUGAUUGACAAGCACCUGGAGAACAUCUCGCUGCUGCAGCCAUUUGUGACACUGGCGCAGUCCCGCAGCGUGCCGCGCAAUUCGGUUAUCAAGGGCGACGCGCUGCUGCCGCCCGACGUGCUCUUCACCAAGGAGGACCUCGACGAUAUCGUCGCGGGCAAGGCUGUCCGCAAGUACGUCGACGAGGUGCGUCUGCUCGCGACACCCAACGGCGACUGCCUGCGCAAUCUGACGGAGGCGGAGGAGAACCGGUUCAUGACGCUGCAGCAGCGCCUUGGCAACAGCUUGGCGUCGCCGCUCAGCUACAUGCACGCCCGGUACGAGGAGAUGGGCGGGUUCGCGCUGAUUGCGAAGCGUGCCGUGCCUUGUGGAUUGCCGUCGUACUACCCGGUGAAGGCGCUGGCGCCGGCGGCCAUGGCGGGCCAGAUGCUCUUUGACCCAAUGUCCAAGAUCCAGCGCGAAGAGGCCGUCUAUUGGAUCAACCAGUACGUGCUGCCUCGGCUGAACCUGCUGCCGCAGAGCGAGGCUGCAUCGUGGCAGUCCAUGUUGGUGGAUACGGGCGUGCCGCAGGCGAUCGGCACGACGACGCUGGCACCCUGGAUCUACCACACGCCGGAGAUGCGUUACGGCAUGCCGGCCAGCGGCUAUGCGGCGAGCAGCCUCCCUGCCAGCAGCAUUGUCACCAACGGCAACGGCGCGGCACGCGGCGCUUCGGCCUCCAACACCCAAGAACACGGCCGCCAGCAGCAAGGCGCCGGCAGCGGCAACAACAACAACUACAACGCGGACGGUACACCGGCACUGGAGAGCAACGGCAUCAACAACGACUCCGCCCUGACGUCGACCAAUGGCUUGAGCAGCGGCGGUCGUAGUCUUUCGUCCCGCCCGAGCGGCCGGUCGUCCGGCCUGAUCGUGGACCGCGACAGCGUCGACCUGAAGAACGACCUCGAGAGCUCUGUGCACGCGAUGAGUGUCGAGGACGCCGAGCGGUCGCUGAUCGAGGCGCGCCGCGAAGCGAAGAUCUACGAGCGCGCGCUGAUCCAGCUCAUCAAGAUGAACGGGCGGCUUUUGCUGAUGAGCGACGAGGGCCUGGCCAAGAUCGCCGGCGGUCCGACGUCGGGCGGGCCCGGGUCCGAGGCCGGAUCGUCCAACCGGUCGUCGCCGGCCCCGAUGGCUGCCACGGCGUAUUGA